AUUGAAACAGCCCCUUAGUGAUGUCUCGUUUACGAAAACAAUACUAAGCAUAUGGUCCAUAAACGAUUCACGGCUCCCUGUUUUUUCUGGUUGUUUCUGACGAAUAGGAAACAAACGAUUAAAAGUUAAAGAUGGCAACUGAGAAAGAAGUGAAUGACCUCGGCCGCUUACAGGUAGCCGAAGAAGCUGUGCGGAUCGUUAGAAGAUUCAAUACGUUGGGGAAGGACAAGGAAGACCGGCAGAAGAAAAUAAUUGAGUUAUGCACAGACAUCGCAGACAUUCUCGACGCAAAACGACGCCUGGAAGAUUUAGUAGAAAAGCAACAGGCAGAACUUACCGAACUUCGGCAGCAAACAGGCUCAGCCAAUACCUCCUCAACAUCAGGACGAGGCUCACUGACCCCUGAGGGAGCGAGUGACUCGGUGUCCACCCCACAGGUCAUUUACAGUCCCUCCUCGUCUGGGCGUUUGACUGCUUUGCGCACCACAGGCACGGACCCACUUUAUGACUGGCCAGAAAGGACAUCUACAGCCACCUGUAAUCGGUCUACAAGUCCAAUUGUGUUCUCAGACCACUCAAAUAUGACGUCACCGGAAGAAUCCCGUGAAGGUCUGACCAAUCAGGUGCAAGAAGAAAAAAACAGUGACAAUAUUGAAGAUCAUGUGGAAAAACUUUCACGUGAGGUGGAGGGACAAGAGUAUUCUGAGGACGAAAGGACAGGUCUAGAUGGAGAGGAACACCCACCACAAGCAAAAGGAGACCAUGACGCAGAAUUAAAUAAAAAUGAAGAAGAACUGGAAACAAAGGAUAACGACAGGAAAACCGCUGACCAACGCAAAUCACAAGAGAAAAAUGCCAAUCAAAAGACUUCUCCCCAGACCUCUAAGAGGUCAGGCCGACCAGAAGUAGCAAGUUCUAAGAAGCAAGAACGGAAGAGAGACUCUAAAAGACGUGAACAGUCUCCUAGGAAAAACGGAGGAGAAAAACUUGAUUUUAAACCAUCACGAGAGAAGACUUACAAGACACUAUGGAAAACCAAUCACAUGAAUCUCUUUGAUGAGAGCCGAAGUGCUCAAGAACGAAAGAACAAUGCCAAGAACAGAACAAAGGACAAGAUUUCUGUCGGUGGUAAAACAAGAAGUAUACAGCACAGAAGCUCAUUCAGGAAUGCCGCUGACAAGUACCAGAGUGAAUCGUCGUCAAGUAGUUGCGACAGUGAAGAAGAUGAGGAGUUGUCAAGAAAGGUAAAACCUGAACUAACUACGGAGUAUUGGGACAUUCACAAGCUAAUCAAAUUUUUGAAGCUCGGGAACCCAACAGCUACAGUGAUAGCGCUAUGCGCCCUUCGCGAUCUUAGCCUGGAACAGGAAUCAAGUCAGCUGGCCAUUCUGGAUCUCGGUGGAAUCACUAUCCUCCUUAACAUUCUAAAAACAGAUUACUGGCGCUGUGUGGUUGGUUCUCUCAAAAUACUAAGAGUGAUAACGAAUACUAAGAGGAUAAAUACUGAGAUUUGUCGUCUGGGAGGUAUUCAGCAGCUCAUUGAUUGCCUUCGACAAGACUCGAAAGAGAUCCAGUCCCUCGCUGCUGAAACUCUUAGUCACGUGGUUACAUUCCGAUUGGCUUACAGAGCUAUUCGGCGUGGUAGAGGAAUAAAACAUUUGGUGAACAUGAUUCAACCAGAAAACAGGAAACGCACUAGGCUCCCAUCGAAAGUAGACAGCAACUUCGGGCUUACCCACAAUGCAUGCAUGGCUUUGUGGAGCUGCAGCAGAAGCCCUAAAAAUAUUCAAGCCAUCCGUUUGGCCGGUGCCGUACCCAUCCUCGCCUCCCUAUUGGUCAGCGGGACGGAUGAUGUCAUUUUACCCACCAUGGGAAUUCUUAUGGAAUGUGCUAGCGAGCCCACUUUUCGUGAUGAUAUCCGCAGGGAGGGGAUGGUGGAGGCGAUUGUUAAGCACUUGAAAAAGGGCGACACAGCUUUGCAGACUCUAUGUGCCAAUGCUUUGUUCAAGUGCGCCGAAGAUGAUUCCACUCGCGAACUGAUUUUCCGCUUUGGUGGCCUGGAACUGCUCGUCCAAAUAACGAUGGGAUCCAGGUCCUCUGAGAACACGCAACUCCUUGCGGCCACGGUCGGCGCCCUUUGGAAGUGCGCAUUGAACAAAAACAACGUCAGAAGGCUUGAGCAAUUUGGUGCAGUCAAAGCUUUGAUCCUAUUGUUGAAGACUCCAGAGCAAACUAACGAGGUCUUGGCUAAUACUAUGGGUGCUAUGCACGAGUUUGCGUACAGUAAACGGACAGUUCUGACACUCAAAGAGGAUAAAGUCAUCCCAGUUGUUGUGCGAGCGCUGAGCAUCACGGAACGUGCCGUACAAAUUAACGCUACCAGGCUCCUCGCGAUUUGUGCUAAAGAGGAAUCCUGUAGAAGUACAAUUCUUCAAACAGACGGAUUACGGCUUCUUUGGUCCUUAUUGAAGUUUCCCGACUCAGACGUUGUAGCAGCUGCGGCAGAGGCCAUCAGUGAGUGUGUUGUGAAAAAAGAGGAGUCAGCAGAAAUGGUGCGCUCAUUCGUCGGAGGCCUAGAACUCAUUACCAGUCUACUGAGAUCCGACGAUACGGAGGUGCUAAUAAGUGUAAACAAAGCAAUAAUCAGCAUUGGCAGAGAUCGAGAGAACUUGUCCAUCCUGACAGAUUACGAAGUGGUACCUCUUCUCGUAUCACUGGUGUACACGAAAGACGAAGAGUUAAAGCAAUGGGUGGCAGAGGCGAUAGCAACUUGCAGUGGAUUGGACAAGAAUGUGAAGUCCUUCUCAUCAGCGGUCGUUCCUCUCGCUGACAGCCUCAAACGAUCCUCUGACGUAGCGGUAAAGCGAGCGAUCGCUUGCGCGCUGGAAAGACUGUCACGUGACCCAUAUAACUGUUUUAUUAUUCAUCAACAUGACGCACUGCAGACUUUACUGGCAUUGACGGGCUCAGAAGAUGAAAGAGUCCAGGAGGCAGCGGCUGGCUGUAUAAAGAACAUGCGUAUCAAUACCAUGAACAUGCUUGCAAGAUGAAACCACAGAACAAAAAAUCAACGUUUAUUAUACCUUUAUUUAUACCUCGUACUUGCUUAUUACAAUGCAAAGCUGAUAAGAAUUAAAACAUUUCGGGAGAAUAUUUAUAGAAAAUUCCUACAAUCAUUGAUCUCCUUAAAAAACAUUACAAUUUGCAGUUGAUAACUAAAUCCGUUUUAACUCCCUCAAAAUUCGUUCACUUUUGAAUUCACAUACUGCAUCCUUUUCCAUUUACAAAUAAGUUAUUACCUUAUCUAAGAAAUGCCGCUUUGUACAAUAAACAAAGCAAUUCCGCUUUCUCAGACCGAGAAAAAAAUUCAUAACAAACAUUUGAAUGAAUAUCCGCCACUACCUAUAUAACUGAUAAAAUCCCGAAAAAUAAAUCUGCUUAUAAAAAUUUGUUCAUUCUGUAAGUUAGCCUGCUAACAAUCCCAAAUGUAUCCACAACAUCAUUUUGUCAAUAUCAACAAUUUUUCUAUUUAAAUCAGCUUAUUAAAUUAUAGCUGUAAAUGGUUUGAACCCGGUGGUAACAUGUAAUAGUGUAGUUUGAUCGUCCAGGUGUAAUUAACGUAAUUUAAUUAACGUUGUAAUGUAAUUAACAUUACAAACGAACCGAACAGAACGACCUAACUUCAUUAACGGAUCCAAACCGACCAAUCACGACUGACCUACGCCACUUGGGUCUUACAGCCAAUAAUAUCACGGCAAAACUGACUUAUCAAUUUACACAAGCCGGACUAAGUACAUUCGACUGACAACAACCUUUCACUUGACUCUGACGACGACUUCCGCUCAGGUUGUCGAAACGUCAGUCACCAUUACCGACAACAGUCCUUCUCAGGACUACACUCACCCGGACGAUCAAACUAUACUAUUAAAUAUAAAUUAGAGCUAUUUAACUUAUUUACCCCGUUGAAAUGUGAAAACCACAAUAAAUAUUUCUUUCCUCUAGCUUAUUAAGGCCGACCCUGAAAGUAGUAA